GAGCUGCGCAGACGUGUAGCAGCAGCAGCACACAAACACACAUCAGCCGAGAGCCAAGACCGCUGCUGCCUGUCUGCGGUUUACAAGGACCUACAUCCGAUUUCAAACCACCUGCCUUAUCAGUUCGGCCAGGGGAAAGCACCAUUGAGGGGCCUGCAGGGGUUCGAGUGGAUCUCCAUGCUCUCGGUCAUCAGGGCCUCAUGGAUGACGGACAGUGGCAGAGCAACAGCCCAGUGAGGCGGGGAGGAGUAACUGACCCUGACCUCUUAAACGAAUCAGAGUUCUGCAGCAGCCCAGAUGAUAAUCAGAACCGGCUGGUGGAGGAAGAGGUUGAACAGGGGCCCCAUGGAGGACUGAGGCCCCUCCGACAGUAUAAAACUCAUAAGAGUGGUGAUGAGGAUUAUGAUUGUUCCAAGAUGGAGUAUGAAGAAGAGGAGGAGGAGGAAGAGGUGGAUAGUAACAGUGGUGCAUACUCUCCAGAGCUUGAUGGACACAAUCAAGACUCCCCAACACCUAGUCCCAGUCCCACAGUGUCUGAGAGCCUUGUCAGCCCUGAAGGGCCCCCUCACAGUGAGACUGGUUCACCCCGGGGCUUCAGUCGAUCUGUGGCUGUUUCUCUCCAAGAGCUGGGGGAGCAGGGAGACCAUCCACUUCUGCCACAGUACCUUCACCAAAUUGCAGAGUCGUUUAUACGUGAUGAGGACUAUGAGCGAGCAGUCAGGUUUAUACAGCUAGAGAGACUCUAUCACGAACGUCUGCUGUCCAACCUCGUCGCCAUACAGGAACAGUGGGAGAGGAGAUGGAGUUUGGUUGGCCAGUGUCAGGACGGUGUAGAAGACAGAGAGAGUGACCUGGAUGCAGAACACCUGGACAAACUGAGACACAUCUGCAGAACGCACAGGCAACCUGUAUGGAGCGUUGAGAAGUGUGAGGUGGUGUCCAAAGUGCAAAGGAACAGUGUGAAUAGUGACAGACUGGGAGGAGAGGACAACCUGAACACUCAAGUGCUUUUAUGCAGCUCAGGGAUGGUUAUGGAGGAACACCAUACAUAUGAAACAGUCACCCAGCCUGAUGAUGGUAGCAUCACCACCCCACCAUCCCAGCAGAGUGAACAGCAGCAUGACCACACCCCCGUCCCGGACAUGCCUACUUCCUCCUCCUCAGCUGUGAUGGGCAGCUCCUCCUCUCCAGCCUAUGAAGAUGCAAGAGAAAGAGAGGAGCGAGUGAGUGUGGUGGCUUCCCACCAGGAUGCAACACCGCAGACUGAGCGUCUCCCAUCUGAGCUUCCAAUGGACACUGCCAACUCUGGACCGGUGAUGGAGGGGACGGGGGACAUUGUGGAUACAGGGCAGGAUGUGGUGGAGACAGUCACACACACUGAGGAGGAGGGUAGAGGGGAGGAAGAGGAGGUGGUUGAGGAGGUUCUGAAGCUGGAGAAAGGAGGAGAAGAUCAGGAACCCCUGGAUCAGGCCGUUCAUGAGAAUAAUCCUGAGUUGGAUCUGGAAGAGUAUGGGAACGGGGUGGAGACGUUGGAAAUGACGAAUGUGUCCACCCUGGAUGACAUGGCAAGGCGCAUACAGGUGGAGGAGAUCAAUCCAGCUGCAGGCCUCGUGUCUAUCUUAAAGAGAAGUGUAUCUCUGGAAGGAGCCGACAGUUCCACCCAUGAUGCCCCCAAGCCCGUCUCUAAACGCAAGGUCCGUUUCCGAGAGCCUGAAGAAGGUCUAGACCACGAUGAGGUAGGUGGAGACUCAUGGCUGCUCCUCCUCUUGUUGUGCUUGGCAACUGUGGUGAUCAGUGUGGGCGGAACUGCACUCUACUGCACCUUUGGAGACGCCCAAUCCAGCGUGUGCACAGACUUCUCCAAUAACAUGGACUUUUAUAUCAGCCGGGUGCAGAGGGGCAUGGACGAACUCAAACACUGGCUGUCCCCGAGCUCAUAGCAGGACAACAAAGGGCAGUUUGGGAUGGACCAGCUCUUCUCAGUAGCCUCCAUGAUCUCUGAAGUGAUCUGGACAUGUAUUCAGCUGACAACAACAAUGGCAUGAUAUAUUUGAUGCUGAGACUUUAGAAAAAAAUCCAGAUAUAGAAGACUUUGCUGGAUCAUGCUGUCUUAGAAGAAGCCCUCAUGAUAUAUGGCCUGUCUUUCUGGUCCUAAAGGGGACGUCUGUCCCCCAGAUGACUUUGUAAACCACUUGGCCAGUUUUUGACUCAAGUAGCCCACUGUUUACUGCCAUCAACUGAACCUCAUACAAAGAGACUUUGUUUUUAAAGUCUUAAAUCUAAAAUCUUAAUAUUAGGUUGAUAGAAUUGUGUCUUUAUUCGUUCAAAAGUGAUAUAUGCUGUGUUUGGAAUGGAAUACUAUUAUACUUAUAAUGAAAUACCGCACAGUAUACACUUUAUUAAAUUAAUUUUAUUUUUUUAAUACUAAGUGAAAUAUCCCUGCAUUGCUGUCACUUUUCCUUCAGUAAGUGGCAUCCAGUUAUCACCUCAAAUGUAAUUCAGUAUUUAAUAUUUAUAAAUUCUAAUAGAUUUUAUUUUUAUUUGCAUUUUGAAUUAAAUUAACUUUUUCAUUCUGUGCACAAUAUGCAAAUACUGCAGAAAUAGGAAAAAUAGUAUGCUAUUCCGAACAUAACCAAUGACCAUCAUGGUACUAAUUAAUGGAUGUAAUGACAGAAUAAUGGAUAUAACCAUAUAAAGCCUGGACGUAGCAUUCUUCAGUGGCAUGCUUGGAAAUAUGUUAUAGGAACAGGAAAGCAAUAUUUGUAUACUGAGAAUUCAUUGCAGAUGGAAAGUCUUUAAAUGUGAAGUGUGGAAUUUUUUUCAGUGUUAAAACAUUUUCACUUAUCCCAGAUUAAUAUGCAGACCCAACUAUAAUUUACCCAUUCAUACGUUGUGGUGCUAUCAAACAUUGCUCUGUUUUUUUGAGCAUCUCGACCAGUCUGACAAUGCAAUAAUGAUGUGAGUAUGGGGUGAGGUUAUCUGUUUGACCAACUAAUGGGAGACUUUGGAGAGUGUUCAGGAAAUCUGUUUGGAAAGUCAUUGUUUUUGCAAUGCCAUUUGGUGGCGUAGAAAUUGCACACUUCACCUUUAAGAUGAGCAUGAUUGUAGCGAGAAUGUCAUAAAUAUAAUAUAAUAGCUCAGGCAUGUGUCCUAUUAUUUUUCUUAACAGUUAUUUCAUGAUAUCUAAAGACUUUGUUUUUAUGUUAUUGUAACAUGACUGCCUGUGUUAGAGAAAUGUGAUUUAAAGAAGUCACAUUUAUUCUUAUUUUGUUAUUGUCUUAAGUGCAUCAUGUUUGUUCUAACCAAUGUGUGUCUCAGAGAACUAUUUUAAUUUUGAAGCCCAGUGUUUCGAUGGUUAUUUCAACAUAUGUCUGCAGUAAAAAGAACUCAAACGGAGAUAUGUGUAGAUUUAACACAGUUGUCCUUUUGCUGUGCUUUGCUCAAGUUCAAAAUGGUACUGGGUGAGAACUGUAAGUCUUUUAUUUAAUUUUUUGUAUGUUAUCUGGCUGGUUCAGAUGACUGAUGAACGUCUUAUUGUGUGAUUUUUUUCAGUAUUUGUUUAAUACAGAAAGUCUUAGAAUCACAAUGUUCUGGUGCAUGCGCUCUCUCUUUUACGCUCUGUAGAGAGACAGUUUGAGACUUUGUAAUCUUACAUUUGUUUUUUCUUAAUUAUGUGUAUAUAUCAUGUAAAGAUUGCUGUAUUUCCUUAUUUUAUAGUUCAAAUCUGUUGAGUCAUUGUCUUGAGAGAAAAUGUGAAAAGUAAAUGCAAUGAGAUGUUUUUGACCACAAAUACCUUGUGAAUAAAUCUUAUUG